AUGUCUUCGUCAUCAACCUUCUCCCGCCUCGUGCGGUUCGUUCCCCGUGAUGCUCCCAGCAAGGUGCUGAUCGGAGAACCGGAAUCAGAGUCAGUCGACGUCGGCCUGGCUGUCCGGGACGGCAAGGAGGUCAAGGUCGCUGUGUGGUCCGGCUCUAGCGUGCUCAACCCCGGCAGCAAGACCGACCAGGUGGCCGUCAUCGACCGCGUCCUUUCGCCCGUCUCGGCUGAGGAGGUCGGCACAAUCCGUUGCAUCGGGCUGAACUAUGUCCAGCAUGCAAAAGAAGUCGGCGUCGCCCUGCCUGACGUUCCCACCGUGUUCCUGAAGCCCAACAUGGCGCUGGGUAACCCCUGGCCGGAGCCGACUGUGCUGCCGCACCUCACUCAGGCUGACGACUGCGGCGACUACGAGUCCGAGCUGGCUGUCGUGCUCGGCAAGGCGUGCAAGAAUGUGUCCGAGGCGGACGCCAUGGACUACGUCCUGGGCUACACUGCCUGCAACGACGUCUCCAGCAGGACGUACCAGAUGAACCAGUCGCAGUGGUGCUUCGCGAAGGGCUUUGACGGUUCCUGUCCCUUGGGACCUACAAUUGUCUCAAAGUCCCUCAUCCCGGACCCUACUAAGCUUCAAAUGCGCGGCUUGAGGAACGGCGAGGUUCUCCAGGAGAGCGGCAUCGACGACCUCAUCUUCAGCAUCCCCAAAAUCAUCAGCUUCCUGUCCCAGAGCACGACGCUGCCCGCCGGUACCGUCAUCAUCACUGGCACCCCUGCGGGCGUCGGUCUCGGCCGCAAGCCCAAGGUGACCCUGAAGGACGGCGAUGAGUUCAAGGUUGAGAUUCUGCCCCACAUCGGCACUUUGGUCAACGUCUUUGAGAACGAGAAGUAG